AUGUGGCUCCUCGACACCAGCACAAUCACUCUGCACCUCAUCCUCAGCACCCCAACCCCACCAUACGCAAUCCUCUCUCACACUUGGGGUUCCUCAGAAGUCACGGUCCAAGACCUACAGUGCACCCCACCAAGAAAUCAACAUCUCUCCGGCUACAAAAAGAUCCUAGACUGCUGUGCACAGGCACGACAGGACGGUGUUGCCUGGGUUUGGAUCGACACCUGCUGCAUUGACAAGACAAACAGCGCUGAGCUGUCCGAGGCGAUAAAUUCGAUGUUUGAAUGGUAUCGUAAUGCAGUGCAAUGUUAUGCGUAUUUAUCGGACACUGAGACCGUGGAUGAGGUCGUAAAAAGCAGGUGGUUCACGCGAGGCUGGACACUACAAGAGUUGCUCGCUCCACUGUCUGUCAUCUUCUUUAACAAAGAUUGGGAAGAACUUGGGACAAAAGCCAGUCUUGCGGAAGAGAUUUCCACUAUUACUGGUAUCCCGAGGGUUGUAUUGCUGACAAACUCGAAAGGAGAGUUCAGCGUUGCGCAGAUAAUGAGCUGGGCUGCGAAGCGGGAGACGACGAGAGAGGAGGAUAUGGCAUACUCGCUGCUUGGAUUGUUUGGUGUUAAUAUGCCUAUGAUCUACGGGGAGGGGAAAAAGGCUUUCCGACGCUUGCAGUUGGAAAUUAUGAGAGCGAGUGAAGAUCAUAGUAUCUUUGCGUGGGUAGGGGCUGGACAGGAGCGUGGCCCGCUGGCACUCCAUCCGUCUGAAUUUGAGCACUCAGGUACUGUGCAGUGCAUUGCUGCAGAAAAGAACACAGAGGAGUAUACAAUGACGAACAGGGGAGUGAGGAUUAAGUUCCGUCUCACA